UUGUUUCCCGCCUAUUUUUGUCAUUUGAUGUUUGGUUCAACAUUCGAUAUUUGACGAUUUGACAACAAACGAGCAACGAGCAAGAUUUUCAAAAAAUGUUUGAAUUGAAAGAAUUUUUUCAUAAUCCAAAUGAAAUUUAUCAUUUAAAUUCAGCCGUGAAACAAUCAUGUCAAACGUGUAAUGGUGUUAUUGUUGGUAUUGAUGAAGCUGGUCGUGGUCCUGUUCUAGGACCAAUGAUUUAUACAGCUGCAUAUUGUCCAAUAUUAAUGCGAGCUGAAAUUGAAAUGGAAAAAUAUCAAGAUUCAAAAACAUUAACGGAAAAACAACGAACCGAAAUGUUUGAAACAAUCGAUAAUGAUCCAAAUAUUGGUUGGUCAACAACAAUUCUUUCACCAAUCUAUAUUAGUAAUUCAAUGUUAAAACGUUCAAAAUAUAACCUAAAUUCUAUAUCACAUGAUUCAGCUAUUAAUUUAAUUCAAAAUAUUCAAUCAAAAGGUAUUGAAAUACAGGAAGUUUAUCUGGAUACAGUUGGUCCACCGGAAAAAUAUCAACAAAAAUUACGACAAUUAUUUCCAGAUAUUAAAAAAAUAAUCGUCGCCAAAAAAGCUGAUUCCCUUUAUAAAAUUGUUUCCAUUGCAUCGAUUUGUGCAAAAGUAUUACGUGAUUAUAUAAUUAAAUAUUGGCAAUUUCAAGAACGAAAUUUAUCAUUCAAUGAACAUGAUUAUGGUUCGGGUUAUCCAAGUGAUCCAAAAACUAAAGAAUUUUUACAACAAAUUUUUAAUCCAAUUUUCGGAUUUCCAACAUUUGUUCGUUUUAGUUGGUCAACAAUAACAAAAAUUAUGGAUGAUAAAGCUGUUGGUUGUAAUUGGGACGACGACGAAGACGAUGAUGAUCAAGAAAAUAAUGAUGGUAAACAACAACAAUCGAUUAUGAAUUUUUUCAAAAACAACAUCACGAAAAAACAACGCGAUGAAGAAAAAUUAAAAUGUUUUAAAUCAAGCAAUUUUUUCCAGGAACAAAAUCUUGAACAAAUCAAUGAUUUGGAUAGAAUUUUUGGCUAAUCUUAUAUCGAUCAACAACGAUGACCACAUAUAAUCAACGAUUUUC